AUGCUAAUUCGUGCUUCAAUAAAUGAUCAUUUAGAAGUUGUUAAAUAUCUUAUCUCUAUUGGGGCAAAUAAAGAAGUAACUGAUGGUCCUGGAUGGACUCCACUCAUUUACGCAGCACAACAUGGCAAUUUUGAAGCUGUUAGAUAUCUUAUUUCUAUCGGAGCUAAUUUUGAAGCAGAGAAUUCUUAUGGAGAUACUCCACUUAUUCAGGCAUUGACAUUUGGCCAUAUUGAAAUUGUUAAAUAUCUUAUCUCUAUUGGCGCAAAUAAAGAAGUAAAAGGUGAAUUUGGAUAUACUCCACAAAUUGAUGCAUUAAAAUUUGGUCAUUUUGAAAUUUUUAAGUAUCUUAUCUCUAUUGGAGCCGAUAAAGAAGUAAAGGAUAAUAAUGGAAAUACUCCACUCAUUAUAGCAUCAGAAAAAGGCUUACUUGAAUUUGUUAAAUAUCUCAUCUCUGUUGGAGCUGAUAAAGAAGCAAAGGAUGAAGAUGGAAAUACUCCACUCAUUAAAGCUUCCAAAAAUGGCCAUCUUGAAGUUGUUCAAUAUCUCAUCUCUGUUGGAGCAUUUAAAGAUGCAAUGGAUAAUUAUGGGCGGACUCCACUUUCAUUUUCAAGUAAUGAUGUAAAAGAAUAUCUAAUUUCUGUGGGCGCUAAGUAA